AUGGCAGUAGAAGGCAUGGACGAUGGUCAGAAUCAGAAUCAACGCGCCGUCGGAACAGGUGCUGCAUCAUCAGAGCAGCAGACGACUCCAUCUAAGUUGCCUCUUUUAGUUUACUUACAGAUGCUUCGAUAUGCGGCUUCAACAGUGACGGAUAGUUGUCUUAUGGUGAUUGGGAUUAUUUGUGCAAUCACAGCGGGCGUCCCAUAUCCUUUGAUGGCGAUUCUGUUUGGAGAGCUCGUGAACGACCUCAACAGUGCCUCUUGCGAAGUUGACAGCGUCGGCACUGGCUAUAGCUAUGAAGAUGCUAUCAACAGAAGAGUGCUAAAGCUUGUGUACAUUGCUAUCGCAGCAUUCAUGCUAACUUUUAUCCAUAUUAUUUGCUGGAGCAUCAUUAGCCAUCGCCUUGCAUCCCGAUUGAGACAUGAUUAUUUUCAAAGCAUACUUCGCCAAGAUCAAGCUUUCGUCGACCAGAACCAGGCAGGCCGGUUGGCAUCACGCCUUAGUGAUGAUAUCCAGGCUGUUCAAGCCGGCACCUGCGAGAAGGUUGGAAUCUUCAUCGCCAGCCUUUCAUUCUUUGUUUCUGCCUACGUUGUCGCAUUUAUCAAGGAUACAAAGCUGACCGGCAUACUGGUAUCGCUGAUACCAGCUUUUCUCAUUGUCGCUAUUGUUGGAGGUGCCUUCUUUCAAAGAUUUUCGCUCCUUAUGACCGACUCUGCCUCCUCUGCAGCGUCCAUAGCGUUAGAAGCACUCUCAAACAUUGCUGUGGUGAAAGCAUUUAGCGCUGGGCCACGGCUAGAGAGCAGAUUUGCAAAGCUCUCGGCGUUCAGUCGAGGGCAGGGCAUCCACAAGGGCUAUGUGGCGGCUUUGCAGGCAGGAAUGCUUUAUUUCGUCGCGUAUUCUGCAAAUGCCCUAGCCUUUUGGCAGGGUAGUCGCAUGAUCGCAGACAUGCUCAACGGCAAAGGCCGUGGAACCACGGUUGGGGAAAUAUAUACCGUGAUAUUUGUCCUCAUUGAUGCCUGUGUGAUUCUGGGCUCAACGGCUCCUCUCUUGCCAGUGUUCGGGAGUGCUGCCGCUGCCUUUUUAAAACUGAAAGAGGAUAUUGAUCGCAAAAAGUUACUAGAUGGCACGCUAGAUGAUGGCGACAAUCUAUCUGCUGCCACUCCUGGGAGGCUCGACUUCCGUAAUGUCUCUUUCAAAUAUGCGUCACGAGUUGAAGAUUUCGCGCUAAGAGAACUCAAUAUUUCGUUUCCCAGCGGUAAAAAAACAGCCAUCGUUGGGCCAUCUGGGAGCGGCAAGUCUACAAUUGCAGCAUUGAUCGCUAGACUCUAUGAUCCAACUGAAGGAAAAAUUCUUCUCGAUGGAAAGCCUCUGUCUGAUAUCAAUAUUAGGAAUCUGAGAGGACUUACCGGUCUUGUUCAACAGGAACCACUACUCCUUAGUCAGUCGAUACUGCAGAACAUAGCCGUCGGCCUCGUGAACUCCUCGGACCCGACACAUGAAAAGUUGAAGAGUUGCCUGGGGGAAAAGCUAUCAGCAAACAGACAUGAACUUAUCGAAACAGAUCAAGCUAUUGUCAAUGAGAUUGUAGACCUGGUGAAGAAUGCGGCGCGGUUAGCGGACGCUGAUAGCUUUAUCCAGACAUUCAACCAAGGCUACGACACACUGGUCGGUACAGGUGGACUGUCUCUCAGUGGCGGACAAAGACAGAGGAUUUCUCUGGCACGAGCUCUUGUUCGGAACCCGAAGGUACUCGUCCUAGAUGAAGCUACUGCUUCCCUAGACUCAGCAAGCGAGCAACGUGUUCAAUCUGCCGUGAAAGAACUAGCUCAGACGAGGACAGUUAUCACUAUUGCCCAUCGCCUCUCAACUAUCAGACACGCAGACAAUAUCAUUGUUCUGAGAACCGGUCAAGUCGUUGAUCAAGGGACUUACGAUGAGCUUAUGUCGAGACCUGGCCUAUUUUGUGAUAUGGUUCGCUUGCAAACGCUGAACGUCUCCAAUAUGAGGAAUCAAAACACUCUGUCAACAACAAGCUCGUCGCAUACUUGCUUAGAUAUGGCCACAGACAAAAUGAGUGCAGGUCUGAAUAUCUCUGGGCCCCAUGAAAGACCACACAGGCGCAGUAGUCUUAAGAUAUCACCAACUGGGAUUUGUCCACCCCUCUCUUCGUGGCAAAUAAUGAGAAAAAUGAGUCAUCAUGCUCGGCCAAACCUGCGCUGGAUUAUUCUGGCCAUGAUCUCUGCAGUUAUUGUUGGGCUCACAUUCAUCGCUGCAGCCCUGAUAUUCGGAAACGUCGUUGAUGCUCUCAGCCCAUGCAGAGCCACCAUCAGCCGAAUCCUUCAACUCGGCAGGUUUUUUGGGGGCAUGCUCUUCAUGGUGGCUAGCGUAGAACUCUUCGCGAACUUCUUCAGCUGGUCAUCAUUUGCGAUAGUUGCAGAAAGGCUGCUGUUUCGGUUGAGAGUGCUUUCGUUCAGAUCUCUCUUAUCGCAAGACAUCGAGUGGUACCAGGCAGUGGGUCAUGAUCCCUCGACGCUUCUAUCCGUCAUUAUUAAGGACUGCAGCGCGGUCGGCGGAUUUAGUGGUUCGAUCAUGGGCACCAUAUUCUCCAUCUUGGUCAAUUUCUGUGUUGCAGUGGUCUUGUCACAUGUAGUCGCUUGGAAGAUCGCUUUGGUAUGUUUAACGAUGGUACCUAUUCUGUUAGGGGCUGGAUUAAUGCAACUACUCAGCUUGUCCCGCUUCGAAGAACGGUACUCAAAGGCGUUUGAAAAAUCGGUUGGCAUCUGUAUAGAGGCAAUGAACUCGUUCAAGACUGUUGCUAGUUAUUCUCUGGAGCAAGAAAUCAUGGACAACUAUCGCCAAGCCCUGGAAUCCCCGCGCAAGGAGAUCAUUGUCGCCAGCAUCUUUACAAACGUGUGGCUUGCGAUCUCCAGCAGUGUUAGUUUCUUCAUCUACGCUUUUGCAUACUGGUGGGGUUCGCACCAGAUCAUCAGAGGUGAGAAUACUCAGCGACAAUUCUUUAUUGUACUUGUGGCAAUGUUGGUAAGUGCUCAGUUAUGGAGCCAGAUGUUCAGCCUUGCUCCUGAGAUAUCACGGGCCUAUGCAGCUGCUUCACGAGUACUCAACAUGAUAGGCGAUUGCUCGAGAGACCUCUCGUUCAAUGAGCCAUCUCCACCGAGUAACGACGCUGAUGAUCUCGAAAAGUCGGCAGCUACCGAAGCCAGCACGCAGCUUCCGAUUAGGGCUGGAGCAAGUGUUUGCUUCUCUUCUGUCCACUUCGCCUACCCAUCAAAUCAUGAUGCACUUGUGCUGAAGAAUAUCUCCUUUUCUAUUCAGUCUGGCGAAUUCUGUGGGCUAGUGGGGCCUUCUGGGGCCGGCAAAUCAACCAUCUUAAGUUUGCUACAACACAGCUACUGUGCAUCAUCCGGGACAAUCAGCAUUGAUGGAAUAGACAUAUCAGAUCGGGACUUUCGGAAUGAAACUGCAAUUGUACCCCAAGACAACAUGCUCUUUUCUGGUUCCGUUCGAUUCAACGUUGGACUUGGGGCAAGACCUGGGCAUGAAGCAACAGACGAGGAAAUCGAACACGCCUGCAGGUUAGCCAGCAUUCACGAAACCAUCAUGAAACUUCCGAAUGGAUACGACACUGAUUGUGGGCCUAAAGGUAACCAGUUGUCCGGCGGUCAACGCCAGCGAUUGUCAAUAGCUCGUGCUUUGGUUCGCCGGCCACGAUUGCUAUUGUUGGAUGAGAGCACCAGCGCUUUAGAUGCCGAGUCUGAACAUGCCCUCCAGGAAGGACUCACUCAAGCAGCUCGUAGCUCUGGCACUACUGUUAUUGCCAUCACACAUCGAUUGCAUACUGUCAUGAGGGCAGAUGUCAUCUUCAUGGUGGAAGGUGGGACUAUGGUUGAUUCAGGAAGUCACAAUGAUUUGAUGAAAAGAAAUGAACUCUAUAGAUUGAACGUGCAGCAGCAAAUGCUCCAAUAG